AUGAACAAAGACGGCGUCUACACCCAAAUUCACAUGCUCAAACCGCAACAUGCGGACCUCCUAGAAGACUUCUGCAAAGACAAGCUGCCGGCUGAUGACAUCCUGGUUCCUCCUGAACUGCACCCACUAAAUCCUGAGGAUGAGGAUGAUGUGGUGCCGAACCAGCAUGCAGCAUUCGGUGUGCAAAAAGCUACGCAGAAAGUUCAUGAGCCUGCUUGGCGAGAUCUGGGUUUGACUGAGCUCAUGAAUCGGGGACCGGAUGCUGGGAGCUCGGGUGCUGGUGUGGCUGGGGCUGUUGGGGGAAAUCGAGGGGGCCGUGGUGGUAGUAGGAGGAGGGGGAGGGUUGGCGGGAUGGGGAAGGGUUUGCCACGCUGA